AUGGCUUGCCGCCUGCUUCUCCGCCGCCGCCUAGCAGCUGCCGCGGCGCCUGCGCCGGCGCCGCCCCCCGUGAGGCACGCUCAUGGGGCGCUUGACGUUGGCGCCUCCUGUAGCGCCCGCAUCCGGGAUCUUGGCCGCCUCGGCCGCGUGGGGGAGGCCAGGGAGGUGUUCGACGCAUUGCCGCUCCGCGACAUCAUCGCCUGGAACUCCAUGAUUUCCGCAUACUGCCAGAACGGGAUGCCCGACGCCGCGAGGGUCCUCUACGACGCUAUCUCCGGCGGGAACAUGCGCACGGGCACCAUCCUCCUGUCGGGCUACGGCCGCCUCGGCCGCGUGCUUGAGGCGCGCAGGGUGUUCGAUGGAAUGCUCGAACGGAACACCGUGGCAUGGAACGCCAUGAUUAGUUGCUAUGCCCAGAACGGGGAUAUCACUAUGGCACGCAGGCUGUUCGAUGCAAUGCCAAGCAGGGAUAUCACAUCAUGGAACUCUAUGCUUACUGGGUAUUGCCACAGUCUACAGAUGGUGGAUGCAAGGAAUCUGUUUGAGAAAAUGCCAGAGCGCAAUUUGGUUUCCUGGACAGUGAUGAUUUCUGGGUAUGGUCGAAUUGAGAACCAUGGGAAGGCUUGGGACGUAUUCCGUAUGAUGCACCGUGAAGGACUUGUACCAGACCAGUCAAAUUUUGCCUCUGUGCUUUCAGCAGUUAAGGGUCUUGGAAACCUUGACGUUCUAGAGAGCCUCCGUGUUCUUACCCUCAAGACAGGCUUUGAGAGGGAUGUGGUCAUCGGCACAGCAAUACUAAAUGUGUAUACUAGGGAUGUGAGUGCGCUUCACACCGCAAUAAAAUUCUUUCAGAAUAUGAUUGAAAGGAAUGAGUACACAUGGUCAACCAUGAUCGCAGCUUUAUCUCAUGGAGGACGAAUAGAUGCUGCUAUUGCUAUCUAUGAAAGAGACCCUGUAAAGUCCAUUGCUUGUCAGACUGCACUUCUCACAGGCCUUGCUCAAUGUGGUAGGAUUGAUGAUGCACGGGUUUUAUUUGAACAGAUUCCAGAACCUAUUGUUGUGUCCUGGAAUGCCAUGAUUACUGGGUACAUGCAGAAUGGCAUGGUUGAUGAGGCAAAGGAGUUGUUUGAUAAGAUGCCUUUUAGGAACACAAUAUCUUGGGCUGGGAUGAUAGCGGGGUAUGCACAAAAUGGAAGAGGUGAAGAAGCUUUAGGUUUACUCCAAGAGCUCCAUAGGAGUGGGAUGUUACCUAGCCUGUCUAGUUUGACCAGUAUCUUCUUUACUUGUUCAAAUAUCGGGGCUCUCGAGAUAGGAACACAAGUGCAUACCCUUGCAGUAAAGGUUGGUUGUCAGUUUAAUAAUUUUGCUUGUAAUGCACUCAUUACUAUGUACGGCAAGUGCAGAAACAUGGAGUACGCGAGACAAGUCUUCAGCCGAAUAAUAACUAAGGAUAUUGUGUCAUGGAAUUCUUUCCUUGCUGCACUUGUACAGAAUGAUCUGUUGGAUGAGGCAAUAAACACAUUCGACGAUAUGCUCAAUCGGGAUGUUGUUUCUUGGACUACAAUAAUAUCUGCAUAUGCACAGGUGGAGCAGUCCAAUGAAGUAAUGAGGAUUUUCAAAACAAUGCUGUAUGAGCAUGAGUUACCCAAUUCACCAAUUUUAACCAUACUUUUUGGUGUAUGUGGAAGUCUUGGUGCUUCUAAGCUUGGGCAACAAAUUCACAAUGUAGCUAUUAAACUUGUAAUGGAUUCAGAACUUAUAGUGGCUAACGCCCUCAUAUCAAUGUAUUUCAAGUGUGGAUCUGCAGAUUCUCAUAGGAUUUUUGAUUUAAUGGAGGAACGGGACAUUUUUACAUGGAAUACCAUCAUUGCGGGUUAUGCACAACAUGGCCUUGGAAGAGAAGCUGUAAAGAUGUAUCAACAUAUGGAAUCUUCUGGUGUGUUACCAAAUGAGGUUACUUUUGUGGGGCUUUUAAAUGCAUGCAGCCAUGCUGGUUUGGUAGAUGAAGGAUGGAAGUUUUUCAAGUCAAUGAGCCAAGAUUAUGGAUUAACUCCUCUGGCAGAACACUAUGCUUGCAUGGUUGAUCUGCUUGGGCGAACAGGUGAUGUGCAAGGAGCUGAACAAUUUAUUUAUGAUAUGCCCAUUGAGCCAGAUACAGUGAUUUGGAGUGCUCUUCUUGGGGCAUGCAAGAUUCACAAGAAUGCGGAAAUUGGUAAAAGAGCUGCUGAGAAGCUCUUCACUAUUGAGCCAUCGAAUGCUGGUAACUAUGUUAUGUUGUCAAAUAUAUAUUCCUCCCUAGGGAUGUGGAGUGAAGUUGCAGAGGUACGAAAAAUCAUGAAGCAACAAGGUGUCAUAAAAGAGCCUGGUUGCAGCUGGACACAGAUAAAGGACAAAGUGCACUUGUUUGUCACUGGAGAUAAGCAACAUGAGCAAAUUGAAGAUAUAGUUGCUACUCUCAAGGAAUUGUACACUUUGUUGAAGGCUACAGGCUAUGUGCCUGACACAGAAUUUGUUCUCCAUGACAUUGAUGAAGAGCAGAAGGAGAGCUCCCUUUUGUACCACAGCGAGAAGCUUGCCGUUGCUUAUUGCCUUCUUGUUACACCUAACGGCAUGCCUAUACAGAUAUUGAAGAACCUUAGAAUAUGUGGUGACUGUCACACUUUUAUCAAGUUUGUAUCUCAUUUCACUAAGAGACCAAUUGACAUUAGGGAUGGAAAUAGGUUCCAUCAUUUUAAGAACGGUAACUGCUCCUGUGAAGAUUUUUGGUGAUACAUUCUUGUGACUUCAUAUGGGAAUAUGGGAUAUUGGCAUAUCUCCCCCACAGAUGUUUUCAUUGAGUCGUAGGAUACAAAGCCGAUAAGAGAUAUCCACUAACUCAAUUAUUAUGUUGUGGUCUGGCACAAGUUUUUGGGUGCAAUAUUCAAAUGGUGAACAGUUGGCCGUGACACUGGUAUUCCUACACAUCAGCACAUGAAUUGACACCGUGGUGACUAAACUACAUGCCUAUCCAGUUUGAUUUUCAGAGUUACAGGUGGCUCAGAAGGAGCAGCCAGCUGAUGGUUUCACCUUGUAUGAGGUAGACUCGUCAGCACUUUUUUAGAUAAAGGAAAGAACAAAACAUUUGGUGACUGAACUUUGUUUGGUUUAUUUUGAAUCAGAUGAAAUGAAAGCAUCCAAUGUAACUUCUGGUGACCCUAACACUGUCAUCAGAAAGUUUUGAUGUGGCUUUGCACACAUGUAUUGUCCCAACAGAUUCGUGGGAAUACAGUUGGAGUAUCAUGAGGUUAGUAUGGUGGAAAAAAAUAAGAAAAAGAAAAUGUUGACAAUGCUGAUAACAUUCAUGAUCGUGGAGUAAAUCAUGUCAAGAUGAUUGUGUGCAUACUAUUGGGAGAUGGAUAAUCGAUCUCAGAAGGGAGCAUAUGAGACUGACUUGAAGGUAACCAUCAGUAGUGGUACAGAUGCAAUGGCCGUCUAGCUGACGGAACCCGUCGAGGAACUCAGUAUGGUGGCAUGGUGUCCUCUCUUUCAGGCUAAGCGAAAUUUUUUAUACGCAAAUAUUUGAAAGUAAGCAUAAGCAAAAAAAAUAAGUGCGAAUAGGGCAGUGGAGUGACUUUCAGGCUAGUUUUAGAUCGGACUACUUGCCCGCUAGGCUUUUCGUGUGGUUGCUCUUGGGCCUUCAAUACUUGGGCUUUGUUUUUUCCAUGAGAAAAGGGUCCAAGCCCAAUUGAUCCACUGUGUUUUUAGCGAAUGGUAGAGAAAAAGCUCAAAUAACCUCGAAUUAUACCGCCGAUCCAAACAUAUAACUUGUUAAAAAAAACAAAGUUAAAUGUAAUGUAUUAUAGCAUUAU